CAGUGUGGAAAGAGUUUCCCAGACAUGAAACGGCUUAAAAUGCAUGUAAAAAUUCACUCCGAAGAGAAACCUUUUGUGUGCCACCAGUGUGGAAAGAGUUUCCGACUCAAAAGGAAACUUACGGCUCACAUGAGAGUUCACACGGGAGAGAGGCCUUACACCUGCAAACUGUGUGGGAAGAGCUUCUCCCAAAAAGGAAACAUGAAGACUCACAUGAACAUUCACACUGGAGAGAAGCCGUUCACAUGUGUUCAGUGCGGAAAGAGUUUCACGCGUGAAGGAAACCUUAAUUCCCACAUGAGUCUUCACACUGGAGAGAGCCCUUACACCUGCAAACUGUGUGGGAAGAGCUUCACAUUAAAAGGAAAUCUUAACACUCACAUGAGAAUUCACACUGGAGAGAGGCCGUUCAUAUGUGUUCAGUGUGGAACGAGUUUCCGAUGUAAAGAAACACUUAGGUACCACACGAAUAUUCACUCAAGGGAGAAGUGUUUUGUAUGUCAUCAGUGUGGAAGGAGUUUCACAGACAAGAAUCACCUUAAGAAACAUGUAACAACUCACACUGGGGAGAAGCCUAAUAUGUGCCAUCACUGUGGAAAGAGUUUCACAGUCAAAGCAUUGCUUAGGGUUCACAUAAGAGUUCACACCGGAGAAAAGCCGUUCUCCUGCCCUCAGUGUGGAAAGAGCUUCAGAUCUAAAGGAAACCUUCAGACUCACAUGAGAGUUCACACCGGAGAGAAGCCUUACACAUGCCAUCAUUGUGGAAAGAGCUUCAGAUUUAAAGGAAACUUUAACAAUCACAUGAGGCUUUACGUGUCUUCAGUGUGA